AUACCCGGAAGUUAAAUGUUACAGGUCUUUGCUCUGAGAGAUGCUGGGGAUUUGGCUGAGAAUGCAACAGCAUAUGUGAGCUUGGAACCAUGUAAUCAUUAUGGGAGAACUCCACCAUGCAGUGAAGCACUAAUCAAAGCCAAGGUGAAAAGAGUGGUGGUCGGAAUGGUGGAUCCGAAUCCAAUUGUAGCAUCAAGGGGAUUGGAUAGAUUAAGAGAUGCAGGAAUUGAUGUUGCUACGUGCGUAGAGGAAGAAUUAUGCAGGAGGCUAAAUGAGGCGUAUAUCCAUCGUAUGCUAACGGGGAAUCCUUUCGUCACUAUCAGAUACUCGAUCUCAGUCAAUGGACGCUUUCUGGAUCAGCUUGGGGAAGGAGCUGCCACGUCUGGUGGUUACUAUUCGCAAUUGUUACAGGAAUAUGAUGCAGUUAUUCUUUCUCCUUCCUCAAUAAUGGAGAACGUCUCUAUUCCCGCGUCCAAAGAAGCUGGAGCCAAUCAACCACUUCGGAUUGUAAUAGCUAGGAAUAUUAGUUCUCCAAUCAAAAUCUCUGCUCUCACAGUGGAACCCACAGAUAAGCUAAUAGUCUUUGCAGACAAGGAGACAUCGGUAGAACUAGAGAGAGCUCAAACAGGUAUCGAAACAGUGGUGUUUGAUCAAAUAAGCUUAAAUGCUAUUUUGGAAUACUGUAACUCUCAAGGAAUGUGUAGUGUUUUGUUCGACUUAAAAGGAAAUGUUAGUGAUUUUGAAGAGUUUCUCCAAGAUGGUAUUGAGCAGAAUUUGCUGCAAAAAAUUGUGGUGGAAGUAUUGCCACUGUGGGAUGAAAAUGAUGUCCGGAACUUUCCUGUUGCAUUGAAGGAUCUGGGCAAAAGACUGAAAGUGGAGAAUUUGCAGCCUAAGAUUUCCAAUGAGAGUGUUGUGCUUGAGGGAUAUCUGUAAUGUCAGUGACUAGAACACAAAAAGAGAUUUGACAUGAUCAUUUUCGUGCCGAUGCUGAAGAGAAAUACAAGGAUUUUACAAUAUUCGGGAAGAGGGUACGGACAGAGGCCAAGUUCGUUUACGAUCUCCAGUCUCUAGAGCGUAGGGAGUUGCUAUUUUUCGUUAUGUUGUUUACCUGCAUAUUGAGGGCUGCCAUAGCCAAGA